CUUAAAUGGUUCAAAAACGUCGUAACUUUAUUCUUCUUUUCUAUACUUUCCAUGGCUUCUCGAACCUCAUUCGACUCUUAUACUUAAAGCUACAUAAAAUUCAACACCAUCAAAACACACUCAAAUUUUCAAAACCCUAGCACGCCACUACCAAUGGCGACGAGAAAAUCCGCACCGCACCUUCUCAAACAACUCCACGCCUCUCGCCACCACCUCAACCCAACCCGUUCCGUCACCUACAUGCCCCGACCCGGAGACGGCACACCUCGCGGCGUAACACUCAUCCCCGGCGAUGGAAUCGGACCACUCGUAACCGGCGCGGUGGGGCAAGUAAUGGAGGCCAUGCAUGCGCCGGUGUACUUCGAGAAGUUCGAAGUGCGCGGUGACAUGAAAGCGGUGCCAGCUGAAGUGUUGGAAUCGAUUAAGAAGAAUAAGGUUUGUUUGAAAGGUGGACUUGCGACUCCUGUGGGAGGUGGAGUUAGUUCGCUUAAUGUGCAGUUGAGGAAGGAGCUUGAUCUUUAUGCUUCGCUUGUUAACUGUUUCAAUCUACCUGGGUUAACUACGCGUCAUGAUAAUGUUGAUAUUGUUGUUAUCAGGGAGAAUACAGAGGGUGAAUAUGCUGGCCUUGAACAUGAGGUUGUUCCUGGUGUUGUUGAAAGCCUCAAGGUAAUAACAAAGUUCUGUUCAGAGCGCAUUGCUAAAUAUGCUUUCGAGUAUGCUUAUCUAAAUAACAGAAAGAAGGUGACUGCUGUGCACAAAGCAAACAUUAUGAAACUCGCAGAUGGUUUAUUCUUGGAAUCUUGUCGAGAGGUUGCCACAAAGUAUCCUGGAAUCAAGUAUAAUGAAAUUAUUGUAGAUAACUGUUGCAUGCAGCUUGUUUCAAAGCCUGAGCAGUUUGAUGUAAUGGUAACCCCCAAUCUUUAUGGAAAUCUUGUUGCAAAUACCGCGGCAGGCAUUGCUGGUGGAACUGGUGUCAUGCCGGGAGGUAAUGUUGGUGCUGACCACGCAAUAUUUGAACAAGGUGCUUCAGCAGGAAAUGUUGGUAAAGAAAAAGUAGUACAACAAAAGAAAGCCAACCCUGUGGCACUCCUCCUUUCAUCGGCAAUGAUGCUUAGGCAUCUUCGGUUUCCUGCAUUUGCUGACCAAUUGGAAACUGCUGUGAAGCGAGUCAUUCUAGAGGGCAAACACCGGACCAAGGACCUUGGAGGGACAAGCACCACCCAAGAGAUUGUUGAUGCAGUGAUAGAUGCAUUAAAUUAAUUACAUAUUCAUAUUUACUUGCACAUUUACCAUAUGAAGUUAGCGAUGCAAGUUCUUCGCCAAUUGUUCAUAAUUUUUUUGCACCCUUUGAAGGUGAAUUGCCAAUUUUCGGCCAUGAUUAAUGUUUAUUCAAUUCAUAAAUUGAUGUGAUGAGAAUUUUGAAAAGAGCAGUCUGUUUUGCCAAGAGUUGUCUCUAUUACUUUAUGUAAAAACCGAGUUUAUUGCCUCAAUAAUGUAGUCUAUGGGGGUUUCUCACCUAUUUUGAAGAGGUUGUAAAAAAACUGAUGGUCCUACUUGUCAAUGGUGAGCACUCCUCUCCCUGUCCCAUAUAUCAAUGUUACAUUGUUAUCUUUGUUAGGUCAAAUAAUGGCUUGUGUAUCACAGGGCCACACAUUCCUUUUUAGUUGGGAUCAAGUUAAAUUCUCAUGUAACAGGUGUUUGAUGAAUGAUGAGAUUUUGUAAUGAUAGUUGAUACAGACAUGCAAUAUUCAGGCACAUGUGUUUUUGUGGGUCA